UUUUUGUAUAAUUUCUUCAAUUUUUUUGCACUAAAUCCUUCAGUUUACCAAAUUACUUGAAAUUCUCCUUUUGCUGAUUGUCAAGAAUUUGUUUAUCUGACAAAACGCCCAAAUUUUUCUGGUUAUAUUUCAGUUUCAGAGGAAAAUUAUGGAGGUUUCAGUGAUGGGAAGUUCUCAGGUGAAUUUGGGUAGGAAUGAUUUGGGAUGUAGAGAAGUUGGGAAUUGUAGUUUUACAAAGAGUUUCAAUUCAAACAUCUCCUCCUCUUCUUCUUCAUCUUCUUUGAAAAGUUCGAAAUUGUGUAUAAAAUUGCGUUCCAAGUCUUUGAAUAGGUUUAGUUUGAAAGCAUCUGCUUGUUCGCAACCUGAACCACUCAUAUUGAAGAAUAACAGAGAAACUAAGACGAGUGAUGGUGUGAAACUAUUUGUUGGGUUGCCACUUGAUGCUGUUUCAAGUAGUAAUACAAUAAACCAUGCUAGAGCAAUUGCAGCUGGAUUAAAAGCAUUGAAGUUACUAGGUGUAGAUGGCAUAGAACUCCCCGUCUGGUGGGGAGUUGUUGAGAAGGAAACCAGGGGAAAGUAUGACUGGACAGGCUACCUUGCACUUGCUGAAAUGAUCCAAAAGUUGGGACUUAAGCUUCAUGUGUCACUUUCCUUCCAUGCAUCAAAGGAAGCCAAAAUUCAACUCCCAGAAUGGGUUUCUCAGAUUGGUGAAUCUGAUCCUAGUAUCUUCUUUAAGGACCAAUCAGGACAACACUAUAAGGAUUCUCUUUCAUUUGCUGUUACUGAUGUUCCUGUCCUCGAUGGGAAGACUCCGGUUCAAGUGUACAAAGAGUUCUGUGAGAGCUUCAAGACUGCAUUUUCACCGUUCAUGGGCUCCACAAUCACGGGCGUUUCCCUUGGUCUAGGACCAGAAGGCGAGCUUCGCUAUCCUUCUCAUCACAAUCCAUCCAAAAUGAACAAUCAUCAAGGAGCUGGUGAGUUUCAGUGUUAUGAUAAAUACAUGCUGAGUUCUCUCAAACAGUAUGCCGAGAGCAAUGGAAAUCCUCUGUGGGGAUUGGGCGGUCCACACGAUGCCCCUGGUUCUGAUCAACCACCCAUGACAAGCACCUUCUUCAAGGAUAAUGAAGGAUCUUGGGAGACAACUUAUGGUAACUUUUUCCUUUCUUGGUACUCGGAGCAGCUCAUUUCUCAUGGAAGCCGACUUCUUUCACUUGCCACUGAAACAUUCCAUGACGUUCCUAUCUCCAUUUGUGGCAAACUUCCUCUUGUGCAUUCUUGGUAUAAAACCCGAUCCCAUCCUAGCGAGCUAACAGCCGGUUUCUAUAACACAGCCAACAGAGAUGGUUAUGUAGAAGUCGUUGAGAUGUUUGCAAAGCAUUCGUGCCAACUUAUCUUGCCUGGGAUGGAUCUCUCGGACAAUCACCAGCCAAAUGAAUCUCUCUCGAGCCCAGAGUUGUUAGUUGCUCAAAUUACAUCAUCUUGCAGAAAGCACGGAGUGGAAAUCUUAGGGCAAAACUCAAUGGUUGCAAAUGCACCAAAUGGUUUCGAACAGAUAAAGAAGUUGUUGUCAAGUGAAAAGGAAAUGAGCUUGUUCACAUAUCAAAGAAUGGGUGCUGAUUUCUUUUCUCCUGAACAUUUCCCUGCAUUCACUCAAUUCGUCCGGAACCUUAAUCAACCAGAACUGGAUUCAGAUGAUCAACCAACGAAACAAGAAGAACGUGUUGCCAGCAAUCAUCUCCAGAUGCAAACAGCUUAGAUUCAGAUUCUAUGUACAUAUUGGUAAUCAUCUUAGAAACCGUAAUUUCGCUAGUAAUGCACGUUAUAUAGUGAUGAAUAGGUAGCAGCUGAAAGUUGCAGUCAUUUAGUUUUUCUGUUAUAUAUUUGUAUUGUUAUAGUAUGAGAUUGUUUGUUGGCUUGAAUCUAUGAAGAUAGCUUUCAAAUAUAUUUGUUAUUUGGUUGCA